UCUCUUGUUGGAAUCAAUGGCGAGCAGCAUCAAAGUCCACAGAAUCCCCAUUUCCACAGCCACCUGCAGGGUUCUAGCUUGUCUGUACGAGAAGGAGCUUCAAUUCCAGUUCGUUAAUGUCAAAAUGCACGAAGAGGAACAUAAGAAAGAGCCCUUCCUCUCACUCAAUCCGUUUGGUCAAAUUCCUGGGUUCCAAGAUGGAGAUUUCUCGCUUUUUGAAUCCAGGGCAAUCACGCAGUACAUCUCGACAACUUAUGCUACUAAUGGAACCCAAUUGAUUUCCCAAGACCCCAAGAAAAUGGUGGCCAUAUUAACGUGGGUUGAGGUGGAGAGCCACCAUUUGGACCAAGCAGCCAUGAAAGUGAUUUGGGAGCUCUGCUUAAAGCCAAUGUUGGGUUUGGGUGAGGCAGAUGCUGCUGUGGCUGAGAAAGGUGAAGCUGAGUUAGGCAAAGUUCUUGAUAUCUAUGAAAGAAGCUGCCUCAGUCCAAGUACUUGGCUGGUGAGUCCUUCACUUUGGCUGACCUGCACCAUCUCCCUACUUUAGACUACUUGAUGGGGACACGGUCCAAGAAACUGUUCGAAGCUCGCCCCCAUGUCAAUGCCUGGGUGGCUGAUAUCAUGGCCAGGCCAGCUUGGGCCAAGGU